AUGCUGAAAGACAGUUUUUGGAUAUUGUGAGGAUUACUGGAGAGGAAAUGUAUUGGCUUUUACACCCCCUCAUGGGAAUGGGAACGGAAAAAGCUGGUAUUUUAGAAGAAGAAGAAGCGAGUCAUUUACGGAAGUGACGUUUUGUUUUGAAUUGCGUCACAGAUUUCCAGCCAAAGGCGGUAGGGAUGAGAAAUUUGAAAUGUGCGGGCUAGUCAGCUAGCAGCUAGCAUACGAAUAUAUAAUAUUUAAGUUUUCUUUAUCUCCAAAACAAUGGCGUCGUAUCAUCAUUUAUUAGAACACACAAAACCGCGGUUUGAAUCUCCCGCCAAGGUGUUUGCUAAAUUAAAAUCCAAAGUGCAGCGAGAAGGGAUGUGCGCGAAUGAGGGCAUUUUUACAGGCAAGGAUCCGCUGUGUAACAUUAGAGAUAAACAUGGAGCCGAAUCGAAGUCACCCAAGAAGAGAACAGAGAACAUCUGGACGGGUGAGCUCAAGGAAAAUCAGAGGUUUAGUUCUUAUCGUAACGAAGCGCUGGCCGUGACCCUCUCGCCGAUAUCAAGUCCUCCGAAAACUUUCGGGUACUCGUAUUCAGAUAUUAGCAGCAAGCCUGCGGAGUUUAUACAUCCUGCGACUGAAAGAGGACAUGGAUGCACACCAAGAAAGCGAGACUUCCUGGACUCGAAAUCUGUGUCUCAGCCCCUUUUUUUGGUCAACAGAAAGCAGAUCCACACAGAGCCACCUGAGGCCAGAGACUUGGCUGGCUUCAGUGUGACUAGCAGGACUCCAGUAAAGACACAGUCGCCAGAAAAUGACUGUGUGUUUGAGCACGAAUGUGCUCCACGAUUGUCUUCAACCAGUAUGUUUUCCCCCAUGAAGAAGAGACUGAGGAAGAGAAAACUGGAGCCCUGGGGCUUUGACAAUGUCAGCAGCAGUACAAGGGAGAUCUGCAGUGAAGUCAUAAGUCAGCCUUUAUGUGAGGAUGACACCCACAACAACACUUACAUGGAGGAUUUGGUUCAUGCUAGAGGCCGAUCAGACGUGAACCAGUUCAUUCAUGAACCCAUGGUUCCAACUCCAAGAGCCACCGCAAAGAAUCGUUGUAGUGUUAUUAUGGAAAAAGUUCCCCCGAUGUCUCCAGCCAAGAUGUUUGCUUACAUGAAGGAGAGGGGAAGUAAAUCAGAGCAGCAAGAAGUUCAUAAUGUCAGCAGCAGCACGAGAGAUCUCUUUGGUAAGGGUAACAUCCGUCUGUCCAGAGACAUGCCUCUCUCCACAGUUCACAGUAUGGGUGAGAAGGAGGACUCUGACCUUACAAGUGUUCCAGAAAGUGUGGUUCCUGACAACAAGUCCAGAAUGGAGCCAGCUGACAGCCAAUCAGACACAGAUCCUUCUGAGGAUGUCUUGACCCCUGCUGCGCCAUCACAACCUCUUUUGGUCGAAGAUCCGCUCAUACUCAAUUCACCACGGAUCUCCAUACCGAAGAAAGACAUGACUGUGUUCAAGAGCAACAAAUGGCCCCAGACCACAAAAUUCCCAAGUGAGAGUGUCAUUCAUCUUCAAAAGUGGUUCCUGAGGAGGAAUCCCAAGGGCCUGUUUGUUGACGGAAUCCACCGGGAGAACAGCAUACCAUGGAAUAGUAACAUCAUCAUGGACAGGAUUUCUAAUUAUGUUCUGAAAACCGUAUCUGGCAGAGUUUACAUCUUGGUUGGCAAAAUGAACUUGCAUGUUGACUCAGAGUUUCCCAAGUGGCUUUUGAAGAAGUUUGUGAAUGGUUUUCCUCCAAACUGGAAGGCACUUUAUGAGAAGUUUCUGUUAGAGUCAAGAGAUAGAGAAACAAAGAGGAAGAGCGAGGGAAGAAGCAUUAUGGCAAAGACAAAUUCUGAGGCAUCCUCCAUUAACCUUUCUGUGAAGCGAAACAUGAAAAAGCCUUUGAAGACACCUGAUUCCUGUCCUCCUGCCUCCUCAUCUUCUGCAAAAGUGUCUCGAAGUGGCCGCAUCAUCAAGCCACCUCUGGAGUAUUGGAAAGGAGGGAGAGUCAUUCUGGAUGCAUACAUGAAUGUUACCAUCCAUGAAUGUUAUGACACAUCCAUCUGCAACCCUGUAAGUCCAGCACACGAGGUCACUACAACAGUCUCUACGAGGGCGUCACAGAAACCUGCCCACAUGUUCCUGCCCUGCAGCGAAGGCCGCAAGCAGGGUGAAUCAGCCAGUGUUGACGAGGCAUCGGUACUACGGAGGAAGGUCAAGGCCCCAGCCCGCAGAAGAGACAGAACCAGAGUUAACCCUGAGGAGAAGUCCUCUUUUUCACCUGUACCAACUGUGGAGACAUGUAGCAGCCCUGAAGAGUGGUCUGGCACGAGGACAAGGUCCAGCCAAAGGUAUCCAGCCACAGAGAGAGCGUUGCAUAUGGAGACUGUCCCUCUAAAACCACAAAGUGAACCUGAAAAGCCUUCAACACGGAGGUCAAAAGAACAGAGGUGUGACACCACGCGGCCUUCAGUCAGAGCCUCAAGGAGCAAAAGGGCCGUCCCAGAAUCCCCUACUGUUAAUGAUAAAACGUCACCGGAUCAGUCGUCAAACAGUGACUUAGUCGUCAGGAGAAAGAAGCGGGCAAAAGGAGGGAACAGGAACGUAGCUGAGAAGUCACAGCAAAGCCGCUUGUCAGAGGAGAGCGGGAAGGAACUGAGGAAGGGAACCAGUGUGACAAAAAAUAAAGAUCCUGUGCAAACAAAACACAAACAGAGCAAAUGCACUAAGACGUCACAACCUGCAAAGCUGUUGCCUAAGACACAAUCCAGCAAGAAACACAAGGCAGACCAGGGGAACACACAGAUUCCACAGGAGCAAGAUGAAGACGAGUGGACCGAGGCUGAGCUUGCGAAGCUAAGAGAGGCUGUGGCCCUCUGUCCUAAACACAUUACGGGUUACUGGGCGAAGGUGGCGAGGAUCGUCGGAACACGUUCUGCAGAAGAGUGCUGUAACCAGCACACAUCCCAGGGAACCUCCCAGUCUCCAGACAAGAGAACCAAGAAAUCCAGAAAGAAAAAGAGGGAAGCACCGAAGGACUCAGAUCAACCGGUGAUAUCUGCCCGAGUGGGAACGUUAAAGAGGAAGCAGCAGGUGCGACAGUUUCUGGAGAACAUGCCCAGAGAAGAUGUUGAUGAUUUAUUCAGCAGUGCGUACAUGCAGAACAAACGGUUUGAGAUCCCCUCCGUGUGUCUGAGUGAAGACCAUGACUUUGCUAUGUCAGACCUGGAGCCCAUGACCCCCAUGUCAACAGGUUUCCCCAAAGUUAAGACUCCUCAGUGUUUGCAUAUCACUCCCGGCAUGAUGGGCUCUCCCAACAGGAGCAAUGACGACAAGUACGUCUUUCAGCUCCAGAAGAGGAUGAAAAAAAGCGAGUUUGAUGUCUGCAAAAAGGCUGCUACUUCAAAGAGCUUCACCCCCACCCCGUCAGUUAAACGAACAAUGAGAAGAUGUGGCAACACAGAAAAUGACACCUUUGUUGUCUGGGAGAUGUUCCCGGGAAACGACGGAGCGCUGUCUGAAAGUGGAGAGGAAGAGGAUUAUUAUUUCUCAGACAAUGACUGAUCUGAAAUGUUUUGUCAUUUUUUUUAAAAAAAAAGAAAAAAAAUCAAAUUAUUCACCUGAAUUAAAAUCAGCAGAACAGAGAAGAUAUGUGACUUUUUCUUUGUGUAAUUCAUCAAAUGUGAAAAAAGUACAGUGGAAACAAAGUUUUGCUCCUGUCAUUCACAUGUUAGAGAUAUUUUUAAUGAGAAACAAACAGAGGCUAUGAUUGAUAGAUGGACAGAGUGUAUGAUUUUAAGCUUUUAAACAGAACCUGCAGUGAAAGUAUAAAAAUUAAAUCCAUAUUUUUGUUUUGAGACAAAUGUGGUGAUAUUUGAUGUGUUGUCAGAAACAAACUUGUGCUGCUGUCAUCCAGUAUGUUCCUGUAAAUAGUUUUGUUUAAAGUCCUAGUUCCAAGAGUCCAUUGUAACUUUUCUUUUAAUAAACAUUCUUUAGUUUUUGGU